AUGAACCAAGCCCGAGGACAGAAAGCAUUGGCCGGCCAGCUCAGCUACCGAGUGGCCACGGUCGACGACGCCGCCUUGUUACAGCGCAUGAUCCAGGACAGCUUCCGGCAUCCAGACGGCUGGACGGGCGCGGCGUCAGGCAUCAUGUCCCGGUACAGCAUCUCGCUCGAACGCGUGAUAGAAAAGAUAUCCAAGCUAGGAAGCACCUUUAUCAUUGUCGCCGAGGCAGGUGAUGGUGGUGCGCCCGCAGUCGCGUGUUUCCAGGUCUACCAGAAGAGCGCGACGCUCAUCCGCUUCGCCACGUUUGCCGUCGACGUGCAGCACCAGGGCCGCGGCCUGGCCCGGGCGGUGAUGCAGCUCGCCGAAGACUAUUGCCGGCAGGUCUUGGGAGCGACGACGAUGCAGCUCAACACGCUGUCGAGCCGCCCAGGCUUGCUCGCGUGGUAUCGACAGCGGUGCGGGUACCACGAGACGGGCGUGCGGGAGCCCUUUAGCGUGACGGCGAGCUUUGGCGGCGGCGGCGGCGGCGCGGCGUCGGGAGGUGAGGCGGUCCCGGACGACUUGUGCUUCAUCGUCAUGGAAAAGGAGCUGCAGGCCGCUGGGAGAUGA